AUGAUUUCAAUAGAUAACAAUUUUAAAAUUUGAGUCCAUCAAGCCGACUAUCACAAAGUCCUGGGCCAUGAAAAAAGAAAUUGGCGUCUGAUAUUCAGCAGCAGUGAGCUUAUAAGCUGCCUAGCAAAUUUUAAAUUUAGUUGAAUGUUUCAAGUCAUUUGCUGUAGUGACCCAUCUAAUAUAAAGAACAAAUACCUUGCCUGAUGAAAUGCUAGCAAGGACAAAAAAUAA